UCAAGAUGGCGGAUGUGGCCGCGGGGCUGAAGCCGGAAGGAGCUGCCUACUGGAGCCGGGACCUUUCAGAUGAAGACCGGCAGCCUGUAUAUGUUCCAGGAGUCUCUGACGAGAGGAAUUUUAGAGCAAGGCAUCUACUGAGAGGGCAGAAAACAGAAGCGAAGGCCAAAGUAGCUGUUGCUGCGACUCCUGCCCCGAUGGAUGUCUUGAAAAGCAUUGGAGAAGAACCUGGGCAGCAGGUCCCUGACAAAGGAGGAACGAAGAGUGCUUCUUUAAAGGAUUUAUGUCCUGAAGACAAGAGGCGCAUCGCAAACUUAAUUAAGGAGCUUGCAAGAGUGAGCGAGGAAAAAGAGGUGACGGAAGAGCGACUGAAAGCUGAGCAGGAGGCGUUUGAGAAGAAGAUCAGACAACUUGAGGAACAGAAUGAGCUCAUUAUCAAAGAAAGGGAAGCCCUGCAGAACCAGUACCGAGAGUGCCAGGAAUUACUGAGCCUUUAUCAGAAAUAUCUCUCUGAGCAGCAGGAAAAACUCACACGUUCGCUUUCGGAGCUGGAGGCUGCCAGCCAGGAAGAGCAGCAGAUGUCUAACCAGAGAGGUCACUGUCAGCUGGUGCCACCCUCAGAUCUGGAUGGAUCCUACCUUGGUGUAGCUAGACCACAAACCUUAUAUAAGAACCACAACAUAACCCAUAGAAGCCCUACUCUUCUACCUUCAGCUUGGCCUAGUAGGAAUAGGGGUGUUCUUGGAACUGGCACCCAGGGAUGUCAGACUGAUGCCAGGAAUGGACUUCUUUUGGAAAAUGGAUUGCAUAAUAAAUGCAACAACAUGGCCUCUCCAGCAAAGCAGCAGUUGACUCCCCAUGUUAAAAGAACUCCUGAUGGGGACAAGAGGAAGAAUGCUUGUCCUCUUCAAACGUGUCCUUUCCAUAAAAAACUGGGAAACUCAGCUCAUGAACCUUUUCAGGAUGCUUGCCAUAUUCAAGAAAGAUACUUGGGACCUCAUUGUGAAUCCUCCUUGGAAUAUUUUUGCUCAAUGCAUCCUCCUAGGCAGAAGGCUAGCAAAGGCUUGAGAUCAAAAGAAACCGAUCAUGGUCAAAACGUCUCCGAAGAAAAAAGGAAACAGCUCUUGCUCCAGAAAAUAGAACUUGAAAUCGAAAAGGAACGUCUUCAGAAUUUGUUAGCAAAACAAGAAGCCAAGCUUCUGCAGCAGCAGCAGCAGCUUCAGCAGUCCAGGCUCGAUUAUCAUCGGUUUAAAGCCCACACUGCCAAUUCAGAAGACGUGCUCAUGGAUGAAGUCCUGAUGGGACCAGGCUCCUUGGCUCCAGCAGUGAAUGGAAUUUGUGAUGGCCUCAGUUCCCCCAAGUUGGAUUGUGAAGAUUGUCUUUUAAGGACACCCUCCAGGAAAGGCUGCAGAGCACCGGAAGGCAGUGAAGGGAUCCAUUCCGGGGCAAGGAGUGUGGGCUUCAAUAGUGAUGCAGAUGGCGCAACCCUUUGGGACGGCACAAAAAAGGAGCCUGUAAGGUCCAGACGAGGAAUGAUGCCAAGCUCUGGGAAGGAUGCAGCUACGUCUCCUGGAUUGACAGGCAACAAGAAGGGGCUUGUAACGGCGGCUACCUCCCCAAUCCAGCAUGGGGCUUGGCGGUACGAGACCUCUCUCUUAGACCUGGUGACUUCAAUGAGCCCAAGGCAGGAGCAUCACUGUGGUGAAAGUUACAGCCUCCUCGAAGGGAUCCAGCCACAGAGCAGGAGCUGCAGGAAACCUGGUUGGAGUUGGAGGCCCUGCAGGGCCAAGAACGGGGUGGCAGAUUUGGAAGAGAGCCGGAUUUUGGAGGAAAUCUUUUUCAUUUGAUGGGCUCAGCGCUCGCCACCGCCAGGAUGAAUCCGAGGACCUUCUUCUUUUCCCUUUCUCCUCGGGACGUGUUUACAUGUCAGGAUAUUGGUUUUAAAUUAUUUGUCUGACGAAUGAUUGUCUCCUCUCUCCCCUUAGAAAAUUGAACGUGGUAGCUCCCUCUCCGACUUCUGAAUCAUGUUAGAGAUUUUGAAUAAGCUGCAUGGAGUGUUAGUGGAACGUUUCUGGGGUUUGCUCCCCCCGUGGACUUUCUUACAGGAUUCCAUUGCUGAAGGGGGAAAGAGAGUCAUGCCAUUGUGAAAAGGAUUGGUGUUUCAUUAUUGAUUUUUAUUUUUUAGCUGUGAAAACUGGUUUCCAGGGCUUCAUCUCUCUCUGCCUCACUUAGAAAAGCACAUUCCAGCUGUAUGAUUUUCCAUUGGGAAAGCAACCUGUUGAAACCGAAGGGGCUGUCCAUAGAUACCCCCAAUACAUUGCUGGGAGCUUCCAUCAAGGGUUGUGAACUGUUUCACUGGUCUUUUAGGCAGGUAACAUACAGUUGCUCUCUACACUUAAAUGAUUGUUUUCCAGUUAAUUAACCUUUUAUAGAAGAUGAUUCUUUAAAAAAGAAAAAUAAAUCAAGGGUCCCUUGGAUGUAGUUUACCUGAAAUGCCACUCCCCCUCCUCUUCUUAAUUUUUGCUUACUUUCUUAACUAAAUUGGGUAUCUUCUCAAUCUGAGCUGCUACGUUCAUGGUCCACAUCCACAGAGAAAGCACCAGACUUGUAGGGCGAAAUUAAUUCACUAAGUGUUUUCUUGGACUAAAGGCUUUUUUCUCUUUUGCAACCUCACUCCUUGAUGUUGUAAAUAAAGACAAAUCAGUAAUUAUUUCCACUCACCCCUGGUAAUGCAUGUUUCGCCUUCUGAGUUUAAUUAUUCAUGCUGUAUCUGUUUCAGUUUGUUUUUAAAAGAUGCUUCCUCUUGCUGCUGCUCAGUUAUUUAAAAAAGAUGUAGAAUUGGUAAGAAAAUGACUCCAAAUUCCAGGAUCAGCAGUCAUUUUCCACUCAGUGUAGCUGUCCUGUUAUAUCAGAAUGGUAGCUAGUGGCCUGAAGGACAACAGGGAGAUCUGUCUGUUGUGUAGCGCAAAGGCCACACAAGAUAAAGCAUUACACCUGUUUUAGUGAUCUGCUAGAGAAGGAAGCACGUAGCCACUGUGGGAUCAACCCUCAGAUCUUGUAGGCUCCUGCCCCCCCUCUGAGUCUUCCUCCUUCCUCUGGUCAUGCACCAGCCCUUUGACGUGGGCCUGAAGAUGUUCUGGUGGUGGAACAGCGGGUCAACCUUUCAUUGGUUUAGACCAGUGAAGUGGAGAAGGGCUUGGUUUCUCAUAGCACAUCAAAAGCUGCUGUUCUUCAGGCAUGAUGGCUGAGAUUCUUCUGUUUUAUGAGGUUGUAGGAAGACAAGAAGAACUGCAAAGUUAAAUUAUGUCCUAGACCUCUUCUGUAGGAUGAGAUUACAGGUUAAAAUAGGAAAGGCUGAACUUUGGAAUCUAUUGCUGGCUUUGGACUGGUCUGAAUGUAAGACUGUCCAACUGAUUCCUUAUGUUCUGGCUCAAUCUUGGUUCUGUAGCCUUUGGGGGAGGGGGGCAUACUAGGUGUUCUGAAACAGGGUUGGGGGGGCCUUGUGCAGCCCAUAGGAAAUGCCCCCCUGCUGUAGUUCUUGGAUGGCCUCUGGCAUGGAUGAGCCAAGAACUGGGUCGCUCUCUUUUCACUUGCAUAGUCCCCCCCCCCCACUGCCUUUCUGGCAUUUUAUCAUAGGAGUUGCAAAAAUGACGAGGAACUAAAUACAUCCCCCCCUCAGCAAGUCUGUUGGAAAUGACGUUUGCUUUUAGUUUUGCAUCUCAGAUGGCCUGUCAUUCUGCUCUGCCUUUUUAGCUCUCCCCACCUGCUCUUUUAAAAGGUGCUCUUGGAUUUGCCUUCCAGACCUCUCUGCCAGAGCAAUCGUUCACCUCCAGUUCUUAGUCAGUGCCAAUACUUAACCUCUUUUAAUAUUGAAUCUGGGAUUUUCAAUAAAGCUCUUGAUAAACAGGUUGGAUCAAUGCUGUUGAUUUGUGUCUCAAAUGGCAUUUUGGUCAUCAAUGUCUUUUGAAAGGACUAUUGCCAACUUUAAACUUUAUCCUUCAUGGUAAAAAUCCAUCCAUAAGGAAGGCUGAGUUCUAAGUCACUUCAAAAAAUAAAAGACCCCAAACCCCACCACACCAUGAUCAUCAGCGGUGUCAGAAGGUUACUGGCAUAGGUGGGCCGAGAAGUCCAGAUUCAAUUAUGCAAAGUUCAGGAAGUCAGGAAGAUGGCUGUCACCAAGCCCUAUAGAAGUAUGGCAGUGAGAAAUGAAGGAUAUUUGUAUAAACAUCUGCUACUGUGCAUAUAUUAACAGCAUCAAUACAGCCUCUCGUAUGUUGUCCAGUCUAUCUGCAUAACCCCCAUGUGAUAUUAGUGACAUAGUUCAGACAUUGAUUGCUGAUUUAGGCCAAGAAGGAAACGCAUUGGCCAGGCAUGUGUAAGUUAUUCCACCAAGAUCUGCUCAUUUCUUAGCAUAGUCUGGAGGCUCUACAGAAUGAUGGUGCGACAUGCAAAAUCCCACAUUAUAACUGGUUUUAUUGACAACUUUCAUUAAACUCCCAUUAACCCCUGACAUGUGUAUUCUUCUGAAACCAAACUUGUAACUCCUGUCAUUUUCAGCAGGAUUGUGCAAACAGUGUUUUGUAGCCAACGCAAGCAGAUGGUGUUUUGUCACGAGGCAUUAUGAAAUUGAAGUUAUUAAAACCAUUUACAGCCUCAGGGCAGGAAGGGGAGAGGAAGAAAUCAAUGACUGUCAAAUAGAAAAGGACUGCAAUCAGUGAUGGGGGAGAGACAGGAAUGAUUUUUUUUCAAUCCAUUGAAACAAGUAUGCAAGAGUCAAAACUUAAACUAGCCAAAAUGGUCCCUUGGGAUAGUCCAUUUAAAUUUAAACUCCUCCAGUUGAAAACACCCACCAGGAUGAAGGAAGGAUUCCCUGUAUGUUGCUAGAUGGAAUUGGAAGUGUAAUUGGGUCAUAUUUCUUUCUGCUCCUUUGCUAAACAUUUGGAUUGUGUUUCUUGGUCGUUCUUUUGCCUCAAUGCUCUGAUAAGACCCCGUAUCCUUCCUGUGUCUAUAACCUGAUGUGCACUUUGUAAGCAAUGGAUCUGUACAUUCAUCACACAUUCCUUCCACUUCCCGUACAACUGCUUCAUCAUAAACACAACCUUAGAAUAAUUAGCUCUUUUAAAUAUAAAUGUGUGAUGUUUUAAUUUAAUAAAUUAUCCA